AUGACUAAUUCAACGGUAGCGAUUAUCAAGCAAGAUUCAAAUAUGGCGUUUAUAGCCGGUGGCAUAGCAGGUGCUAUCUCCAGAACAGUCGUUUCACCAUUCGAGAGAGUAAAGAUAUUGUUACAAGUUCAGAAUCAAACAGGUAAUUCUUAUAAUAACGGGAUUUUUAAAGCAAUCAGACAAGUUUACCAGGAAGAAAAUGUGAAAGGUUUAUUUCGUGGUAAUGGGGUAAAUUGUCUUAGAAUUUUCCCUUAUAGUGCAGUUCAAUUUGUAGUAUAUGAAUACUCUAAAAGACAUUUUUUCCAUGUGGAUGGAAGUAUAGGCAAAGAGCAAUUAAAUAAUUGGCAAAGAUUAUUUAGUGGUGGACUAUGUGGUGGCUGUAGUGUUGUGGCUACAUACCCUUUAGAUUUAGUUCGAACAAGACUCUCUAUACAGACCGCCAAUUUACAAAAUUUAAAACAUGGUAAAGCUAAUAAUAUGAGUAAACCUCCAGGGAUAUGGCAUUUAUUAAAUAAAGUAUAUCAUGAAGAAGGGAAGAUUGUUGGAUUAUAUCGUGGUGUAUGGCCUACAAUGCUAUGUAUCGUCCCUUAUGUUGCAUUAAAUUUUGCUGUUUAUGAACAAUUAAAAGAAUUUAUUCCACCAAAUAAUGGCACAAGACAAAGAUAUUGGGAAGAUAAUUUAUUAAAAUUAAGUAUAGGUGCAAUAAGUGGUGGUGUUGCACAGACGUUAACAUAUCCAUUUGAUUUAUUAAGGAGAAGAUUUCAAAUUUUAACGAUGGGUAAUAAUGAAUUAGGGUUUCAUUAUACAGGUGUUUAUGAUGCUUUAAAGACUAUUGGUAAAAAUGAAGGUUUCAAAGGUUAUUAUAAAGGUUUAACAGCUAAUUUAUUUAAAGUUGUACCAUCGACUGCAGUUAGUUGGUUAGUUUAUGAAGUAGUAUGUGAUGCGAUUAAAGCCAUGUAA